AUGUGGCAGCUUGAGGGUAAAAUUCCCAAUUCUUCAGAUUGGGCUGGGCUCCGUGGUCGUGCCCAGGGCUCCGUGGUCGUGCCCAGGGCUCCGUGGUCGUGCUCAGGGCUCCGAGGUCGUGCCCAGGGCUCCGUGGUUGUGCCCAGGGCUCCGUGGUUGUGCCCAGGGCUCCGUGGUCGUGCCCAGGGCUCCGUGGUUGUGCCCAGGGCUCCGUGGUCGUGCCCAGGGCUCCGUGGUCGUGCCCAGGACUCCGUGGUCGUGCCCAGGGCUCAGUGGUCGUGCCCAGGGCUCCGAGGUCGUGCCCAGGGCUCCGAGGUCGUGCCCAGGGCUCCGUGGUUGUGCCCAGGGCUCCGUGGUCGUGCCCAGGGCUUCCUGCUCUUGUGCUCCUUGCGGCACCCCCUUCCCCCCGACCCUCCCUCCUCCUUUCUCCUUGUUCCUCUUAUUGCUGCUGUACCUCCUGCUGCUGCUAGUGAUCUUGCUGUACCUCCUGCUGCUGCUAGUGAUCUUGCUGUACCUCCUGCUGCUGCUAGUGAUCUUGCUGUACCUCCUGCAGCUGCUAGUGAUCUUGCUGUACCUCCUGCUGCUGCUAGUGAUCUUGCUGUACCUCCUGCUGCUGCUAGUGAUCUUGCUGUACCUCCUGCUGCUGCUAGUGAUCUUGCUGUACCUCCUGCUGCUGCUAGUGAUCUUGCUGUACCUCCUGCUGCUGCUAGUGAUCUUGCUGUACCUCCUGCUGCUGCUAGUGAUCUUGCUGUACCUCCUGCCGAUGAUGAUCUUGCUGUACUUAUUGUCGGAGUCUUCUUGAAGGAUGUAUAUGGUCCGCAAGAUCCAGUCAGCACCUUCUACGUCACACAAGCCAAGACUACUUCUGGAAAAGACUACCAACAAGAGGUGUUGCUCUCCUACAUAUGCGACAAUGUCUUGUCAAAGGUUGGAGGUCAGCGCUUGGGGCUAGCCUCGCCCAAUUUUGCAGGUAUUGACAACAUGGAUGUGUUGACCUCUAGCAGUAUUGACAACAAGGAUGUGUUGACCCCUAGCAGUAUUGACAACAAGGAUGUGUUGACCCCUAGCAGUAUUGCCAGCACGGAUGUAUUGACCCCUAGCAGUAUUGACAACAUGGAUGUGUUGACCCCUAGCAGUAUUGACAGCACGGAUGUAUUGACCCCUAGCAGUAUUGACAACAAGGAUGUGUUGACCCCUAGCAGUAUUGACAGCACGGAUGUAUUGACCCCUAGCAGUAUUGACAACAUGGAUGUGUUGACCCCUAGCAGUAUUGACAGCAUGGAUGUGUUGACCUCUAGCAGUAUUGACAACAUGGAUGUGUUGACCCCUAGCAGUAUUGACAGCAUGGAUGUGUUGACCUCUAGCAGUAUUGACAACAUAGAUGUGUUGACCCCUAGCAGUAUUGACAACAUGGAUAUGUUGACCCCUAGCAGUAUUGACAACAUGGAUGUAUUGACCUCUAGCAGUAUUGACAACAUGGAUGUGUUGACCCCUAGCAGUAUUGACAGCAUGGAUGUGUUGACCUCUAGCAGUAUUGACAACAUAGAUGUGUUGACCCCUAGCAGUAUUGACAACAUGGAUAUGUUGACCCCUAGCAGUAUUGACAACAUGGAUGUAUUGACCCCUAGCAGUAUUGACAACAUGGAUGUAUUGACCCCGUGUCGGCCGGGAGUUCAACCUUUCUCAGUUUGA